CUGGUUAAAGGCUUGUCUGCUAACCUUCUCUCUGUGCGGCGGCUGCAGAAGAGUAAGGCCGAAGUGACCUUUGGACCAACCAGCUGCCGUGCUAAGCUUGGGAAGAAGGUGCUGUGGAGUCUGGAAGAGGAGACCAGCUGCAUCAAGGACCUGUGGCAGCUGCCCAUCAUCCCUUGGAAUGGGAAGACUCCAACAGCAGCAACGGCAGCAGUGGCAAAGGCAACAGCAGGAGGAGAUGCAACUGCACCAACUGAUGGGGUCCUGGAAGCAGUCAAGAAAGUGCAGAAGCAGCAGACACAUGGUGAGGUGCUUGCUGAUUCUUGAACUUUGAUUGAACUCUUGAGAU